AUGGUGGAGACAGUUCAGCUAUUCUUAGAAGCAGUUGAGCCAGUGGUGGUGGAGUCUGAAAGCGAUGGAAUCUUUUCCUUCGUGUGGCAACAACUUGUUUUUCCUGUGGAAGCUUAGUGGUGCUUUUCUUGGGCUCAGCAGUGCGGCUGAUGUGGCUUGGAUGGCUUGUGCCCUGGGAGCACACACACUGAACCCUUUGGAAAGGGAGCAGGAGGACAGGGAACAGUGGCAGGCAACGAGGAAAAAACGACUGGGUUCCAUAGGCAGCUUGUUUAUUUAUAG